AUGGCUGCGUGUGCAUUUCCAAUUGUGAAGUACCCAAUUGGCACGACGUCGUGGUCACUAACCAGUGCUCAGAUACGCACGACGACGGUAAAGUCCCUUUCUCAGGAGGAGAAGAAAUUGCACGUCGGGAAAGUCGACUGA